AAAAUUAGUAUGUAGUAUGUAGACACAUUCUCUGAUGUUGAAAAUGAGCUGACAUGUGUAAGUUUGACUAAUUGUAAUAUUUAAACUUCUCGCCAAAAUCUAAACAGUUUCCGGAGCUUUUGAUUUGACCUAGAUUUGUUUCCGUCUUCAUUAGGUUAAGUAGCUAACAAGUCUGAAGAGAUAGCUGUUAGCUAGUCUAAUCCAAGCGGGUUAAUCCAUUCACACUUGUCUAGCUCACAGUUGGAGAGACUCCAGGAGGAGGAGGGUCCAGCCCCAUCCAAGAUAAAAACACUUAGAAGUUCCGGUCCAGGGGUAACAAGACAGUUACUACACUCACAGUUGGAAGUUGGAAAUUCAUAUUGAACGCACAUUUUGUAGGUUAAAUAAUUAAACUUUGUUAGAAAACAUGCGGGUUAAACAUGAAGUAGUCAAGCGGAAACGUGACGAGGCUGGUAAAACCCAAACAGUGACUUGGCCAGCAUAAUUCCUACAGAGUUCAGCCGCUUAGGGCAUGAGACCGAGUCCAAACUUUGAGGAUCGUUGGAAGGAAGAUACACGAUGGCAGCAUGCGGAAGAAGGACUCGACCAAAGUUACUUUUUUUCUUCUUUGGGGUCACUUUGGUGGGAUAUGUUAUAUUUUUCAGGCACAAUUCCGGUCAAGUUAACGCUGCAAAUCGACGAGAAGUGCCAGGGGAGCUAGACUCGGAUAUUGAACGGCUCAAGAAGCCCGUGUAUGAGAAGCCUCCCCUGGAUUUAAAUGCCCUGGGGGAAAUGGGGAGAGCUGUGAAACUCAAUUUGAACGAAGAGGAGAAGAGGAAAGAGGAGGAAAGUCUCAAGCAGCACCAGAUUAACACAUAUGUCAGUGACAGAGUGUCAUUGCACCGCAGACUGCCAGAGAGGUGGAAUCCACUUUGCAGAGAGCUGAAGUAUGACUACAGGUCCUUGCCGACAACCUCUGUGGUCAUUGCCUUCUACAACGAGGCCUGGUCCACCCUGUUGAGGACGGUCCACAGUGUGCUGGAGACAUCCCCUGACAUCCUGCUCAAAGAGGUGGUGCUGGUGGAUGACUACAGUGACAGAGCUCAUCUAAAGGAGCCAUUGGAGAAGUACCUCUCAGGUUUGAGGAAGGUACGUCUGAUCAGGGCUACGAAGAGAGAGGGGCUGGUACGGGCCCGGCUGCUUGGGGCCUCCACUACCACAGGCGAUGUGCUGACCUUCUUGGAUUGUCAUUGCGAGUGCCACGACGGCUGGUUAGAGCCCCUGCUCCAGAGGAUCAAAGAGGAGCCGACAGCUGUGGUGUGUCCUGUCAUUGAUGUGAUUGACUGGAACACUUUCCAGUAUUUAGGCAAUUCUGGUGAACCUCAAAUUGGAGGCUUUGACUGGCGGCUAGUGUUUACCUGGCACACUGUCCCAGACCAUGAGCAGAAACGCAGAAACUCUCCCACUGAUGUCAUCAGGUCUCCUACUAUGGCAGGUGGUUUGUUUUCUGUGAGCAAGGACUACUUCCAUUACCUGGGGACAUAUGACACGGGGAUGGAGGUGUGGGGAGGAGAGAACCUGGAAUUCUCUUUCAGGAUUUGGCAGUGUGGGGGCAGCCUGGAGAUCCAUCCAUGCUCCCAUGUGGGUCACGUGUUUCCUAAAAAGGCCCCUUACUCCCGUAGCAAAGCGUUGGCAAACAGCGUGAGAGCAGCUGAGGUCUGGAUGGAUGAAUACAAGGAGAUCUACUACCACCGCAACCCCCACGCACGGUUGGAGGCCUUUGGAGAUGUAACAGAGCGGAAGAAUCUUAGAAUGAAGUUGGGUUGUAAGAAUUUCAAGUGGUAUCUGGACAAUAUUUACCCUGAUAUUUACGUGCCACAUGAUCAGCCAGGCAUGUUUGGAAUGCUGAAGAAUCGGGGCAAGACCAACUACUGUUUUGACUACAACCCUGUAGAUGAUCACAUCCUGGUGGGUCAAAGGGUCAUCCUCUACAUGUGUCAUGGUAUGGGCCAGAACCAGUUUUUUGAAUACUCAGUGGAUGGUGAGAUCUGUUACAACACACGGGAACCUGCUGGAUGUGUCGUCGGUGACACCAUCAGUACCUACCUGACAGUCCAACUCUGCAAAAAGCGAGGACAGUCUGUACCCAUAGACCAGAAAUUUGUCUUCCAAAAGGAUGGGAGACUGUACCAUGUCCAGAGCCAGAAGUGUGUUCAAGCGAUGGACAAGACAGACAACGGGACACCAGCCCCCUCCCUCCAGCCCUGCUCUGACAGCCCCCACCAAAAGUGGUUCUUUGAGGAGAGAUUGUAACAGGAUGUACUUGAGAUUUAUGUGAAAUACAUUUUAUUUUAUUUUCCAUGUCCCCAACAGGAACGGAUGACUUGUAAAAUAGCUUUGAAUAUGUUUGCCUUGCCCCAAAAGAAGCCCAUAUGAAGACGCCUCUACGUUUCCUUUCCAAACUUCAACCUCUGCACAUGUUUGUGCAGCAGCUGGACCAACAGGAAAUGAUCCUGACAAGUUUUUGUUCUUUGAUGCGCUUUGUGCACAGGAAUACAGGGCAUAGGAAUUUGUACUGUCCACAUAGGAAUUAUUUUUCUAGUUGAAGAGAUGCUGGAGAAUUGGUGAUCACCUGUGCAUCUACACAAGCUGGCACUUGUUUUCCAUUUAUUAAUGCAGUAUCUUUUAGAGAGACAUCAGUUGAGCUGCCUUGCGUUCUGCAAACAGUGGAAGGGAUACAUGAACAUGCGCAUCCAUCUGAGAGAAAACAAGUGCUUCAUAAAUCUGUCAGCUAUCUCAAAGCCUCUUAUGAGCCAGUGGCUGGCAUGACAGUGAAUGUUUAGAGCCACGUCAUCAGACGUUAUUUCAUAUUUUCAUCUUCUCCUGUAGAGGGGGCCAACGCUCCUCUCUGUGCAACUCUGUGUCGUCUACUCUAUUUGUCAUGAGAAAGUGUGACAAAUCUUCAGGAAUUUAUUAGGUAUUUUUUCAGUAAAUGGUGAGUGAUUAAUAGGCUGAUAUACCAGUGGCUUAUCAAAAAGCCAUAAAUUAACAGCAUGAUGCCAGUGUGUAAAACAUUGACUAACUACUGAUUACUGCUCUACUCUGUUCUGUUUUAAAUGAAGUAAUUCACUCAUCUAGUUAAUAGCAUGGGUCAUUUUGCAAGCUUUAAAUGGCAUGCAAAAAAAAAAAAAAAGUCUAGAUCAUAGCCAUUUUUCAUUGAUUUGCUUUAUAUUAUGUCCAUUAGGUUUUGUUUAAUAUGAUGUAAUACUGUGUUAUUUUCAUGCUUCAUACCAGACUUAUCUACAUUUUUGUCACAGAUAACUGGGAGCUGAUUUUAUAGUGGUUCAUGCAAAAACAUUCACUGAAAUCUCAAGAAUAAGGACUUCAACAUUUUAAUUGCUUACUUGAAGCAAAGAAAGUGCCUUGUGUGCAUGUGUGUGUGUGUUAGCACUGCAGCUAAUAUAUAUAUAUAUAUAUAUAUAUAGAGAGAGAGAGAGAGAGAGAGUCAAAGUAUCUACCCUCAAUAUGGGGCUUUUACCUGGAGAGUAUGUAUGUUGGGUUAUACUGAUUUACACGCUGCAUUAGCAUUCAGCCUUCACAGUUAGGCAGCUAUAUGUCCCUCUGAACUAGAGUCUUGGUUACUUGUGUGGCUCUCCCUCAGGCUGUGCAGAGGAGUAGACAGUUGUUGGGUGUCUCCAGAGUGCUAGGAUGUGCUGGGAUGCCAGAUGGCUUGCUGAUUGGUUUUCUAGUCCUCUUCCAAUUCUUCAUCACCUCUUUUUUUCCUCUCUCUGUCAGAGGUGUAUGUUGGAGGACUUUUAUCUUUUGGACACUAGUCAAAUUUUUUUCAGAUGAGCAAUCAGUUGUAUAUACUCCUGCGUUUGAGGUUGACAGAAGUCAUCAAGCGCAUGUUUUUGACAAAAGAAGCUGAUAAUGUAGGUGAAUGAAUGAAGCAAUUUAUGACCUUUUCCUUUCUAUUAACCUUCACAGGUUGUGGGCUCAUCAGUCUUGAAAGACUUAGGAAUUGAUGUUAGGGGACCAUUGUGCUGAAAUAGACUUUUGCCAUUGACUCAUAGUGCAUACUCACAAUACAAUAUAUGAGCAAUUUUAAUAGUACCAUAACUGGGACUUGAAUAGAGUGAGAAUUCAUUUGCCAAAUAUAAGGAAUUUACAGUAAUGCAUGAUGUUUAUACAGGGACACGGUAACAACUGAAUGUAUAAGCUCACAUUCAAAAUGCCUAAAGAGACUGCACUGUGUACUUUAUUUGCCAUAAUAAGGUUAGAGAUUUAUUGCACUGUGCAAAGCUUUGGAAGACGGUACAGUGAGAUAGCUAUAUUGCAUUGGAUGGAAGUGCAAAAUAAGUUUUGAGCUUAUUGAAAUAUGGACAUAAUUACGGGGCUUCAGUUCCCAGUAGUCCAUAAGUAGGCUUUUUGUUAGGAUUAUGAGUAGUACAUUGCUAAGUGCUAAGUGAAGUGGACCAAAUGACCUGUGGGGACAAUUUGGUUCAUAAUAGAAGAGGAAAAGGCAUCUGUCUCAUGACUGUACAGUGUGUGCAAAGGUUAAAAUGAGCUAUAUAAAAUGUGAUUGAUCACAGCCUUAAUUGUAAAACGCUACAUGCUUGGCUUGCAACGCUUUGCAGAGUUCAUGGUACCCAGCGAUCAUACGGCUUUUUGUUCUAUUAGCUUCACUAGACUUCAGCAAGACUUCACUAUUAUCCACUAAUUAAUGCAGUUCUUUGGUUUUACGUCUUGAACUCUUUUGGAAAAGGAAAUGUGUCAUUUUGUGUUUAUCUUUUUAGUCUGAGCACUGUGUAAAUAUUCUGUCCUGUUAUAUAACAAAAGGGUUAUUUAUUGUCAUUGUUGCCAUGUCUUCCUUUGUUCUAGACUAUAAAAUGCUGCUGCAUUGUUUUGUAUUCUAAAAUUGAUAUAGUAUACAUUUCAGCAGUAAAUGUGAUAUUUGCCAGUUUAGGAUCAUACUUCUGUGUCAGGGCAUACAGAUUUUCCAGGAUCUGUGUGAGCCAGAUUGUAUUUGACCGUGUGAUGUUGUUUUACAACAGCAUGCACAUUUUUGCUUAUUGUGUUGGCAGAAACAUUUUUAUUACACUUUAAGCUGUUAACAUGUACAAAUGAUUAUUCUGUCUGGUGUUUGAAUGCUGUCAAUUUCUGCAGUGGCCUUACAUUGUAAUUGGGAUGUCAUUAAUAUUAUAUUUUCUAUAUUUGUUAGAGCAAAUAAAUUAACUACAUUAGAUGAAAGUAAACCAUCUUUUAUAGUUGUGCAUUUGAAUUCAAAUAAGGUAAAAAUAUGAGAUGUUUGGGUUUCAUAAUGUCUUGUUAUUUGUAAUGUUUGCUUGUCUUUUAAAAAAAAAAAACAAACUAAAAAAUAUUUUUUAUCUCA